UAAAUGCCGAGCGCUGCUAGUCAGACGUGUCAGAUUUUCAUUAUUCCAUAUUACAUUAAUACCUUUUGGUUAUUAUUAUGUUAGCCCAUCACGAUUUUAGAUUUACAUUUUACAUAUUUAUUAUUAUUAUGUAAACGUGACGUCGUGACUUGACUUUUGAAAAAUGCCGUGUUCAUGCUGUGUCGUGUAUUGCACAUCUGGCUACAAAUCAAACACUGAUAAAGUGUCAUUUUUUUUGUUUCCCAAAGUUACAGCUCUUAAAGAGAAAUUGAUAAAAGCCAUACCACGGGAAAACUUAGUUUUAAAUGAUAGAACAGUUGUCUGUGAAAAACAUUUCACUGAGGAUCAAAUUAUAAAAACGUGGGAGUCAGGUACUGGCUCCAAUAAAAUUGUGAUAAAUCUGAAACGUCCAAAGUUGGCUAAUGAUGCCAUUCCAUGCAUUUUCCCUGGACCGAAAUAUUUAUCAAAACCUGUCAAAAAACGAAAUCCUCCUACUAAGAGAAUGUUAGAAUUUGAAUCUAAAACUAUUAAACAGGUAAAUAUCCAUGAUUGUGGUGUUGUUAGAAAUUGGUUUAUUUUAAUAUGAUAAACACUAUUCUUUAG